AUGACGUCUUUUAUGGCUUCGGUCAGAGGUGGGGUGAUUCUUGGGGAAGUGUGGUACUGUUUUGGGCGGGUAAGGUGUGAGAGGUUUUAUUGGAAUAUAUUAUUCAUGUUGAGCUUGUCUUAUUUAUGAUUCCCGAUUGGCUUCUUACUAUUUUGGUCAAAAAUUAUAUAGCAAAUUUAAAAAAAAUGUAAUAUUAUACAUAAGUGAUAAGAUGUUAAUCAAUUAUAUCUAAUCUAUAGACUUUAAAAUCACAUUAACUUUAUGAUGAUAUUAUUUUAGGCUAUCUAUAACCUCUCGAUCAACCCCUUAGGCGGUUUUGUCACUCAUGAAGAUAACGAUGUAGAGUCAGGAAAGCCUCCGGGCAUUCUGAAGAAGCCUCAAGAUCAACAAAGUAUCCAAGAACCCAUUUACAAGAAGAGCGGAGAGUACCCCAUCCCCUUGGCCUUGACUAUCUUGGCCCUAUGGAUAGCACUAUCAGCUGCUAUGUUUUGUUUAUGGGAGCACGAGUGGGGGUACCUCACAUCUGUCUACUUCUUCUUUGUGUCUAUCAGGUAAGUAUAACACUGGUAACGUUGAUAUAUUUAUAAUUUUUACUUUAUAUUAUGUUAAUAUAAGGUAUAGUGUAUUUUGUUUUCUUUUAUAUUAAGAUAGUGUUUUAUAGUUACACUGUAAAUUAUAUUGUAACAUUAGUUUUCAGUACGGUAGGGCUAGGAGAUGUAGUACCAACAAAGCCUGACAUGAUGUUGGUCAACUUCUUUUUGAUCUUAAUUGGGUUGGCGUUGUUAUCUAUGUGUAUUAACUUGAUCCAGGAUUACAUAGAGAAGUUGAUCGAACAAUUAUUAGAACAAUAUAUCGAGGAAAUUGAGAAAAUGGCACAAAUUGUGACCACAGACGAUGUUCAGCAUGAAGAAGCCAAACCUUUUGAAGUUGGAAUGACGGGUAUGGUAGUUGGGACUUUUUAUAUCAUAGCAUAACGUAAUUUAGCAUAAUUUACAUGUAUUUUUUCUGUAAUAUGUAAAAAAUGUAGUUUUACUGCAAUUACUAAAGUUAACAUCAUGUUUAGACAUGUUAACAGUACCAUUAACAACCAUGACUGAGCACCCGUACCAACACAGUAUUGUACGAUCGGCCAAAGACUGGGUGGCCGAGAAGAUUGUGGGUAAUGUCCUAAUGAAUCGACUCGAUCCUCAUCACAGCUCUUCUGAUUCUUCGGAAGAAGAAGACGAUGUAACAAGGAAGAGCAGUGAUACAACGUCACAACAUACCAAGGAUGGUAAGUUACUUAUAUUAAUGCUAUAUCUUUAUGUUAAUGUGGUGAUAAGUUACUUUAUAUACUAAUGUUUAUGAAGUCUUUUAUCAUAACGUUAAGAAUAUAAACCGCUUUUGUAUAUCUUUGUUGGAUCUUAUGUUGUAGCACAAUUUUGUCAACAUUUGGAUCUACAUUUAUAUUGUUUAAGAUGCCGUAUCUCGAGCUUCAGUUAAAACGCAACGUAAAGCGAGAGCACGAGCGCUACAGCGACAAGCAAUGUUUGGCUACAACCUUCCAACCCUAAGGGCAAUUCAAGCUAUUGAAACCGUAAAGAUGAGAACAGAUAUCCAUGGGGACUUCAAGUAAGCAUUACAUUGUUACUUAACUUUAUGAUUUAAUUACUACUGUAACUUAUAUCGAUGUGAAAUUUGAUUCUUUUUAUCUUGCAAACUAUUUUACCGUGGUUACAUUACAACUUGAUGUAUUUUGUGUUUUUAUUUUACAUUAUAUUAUGUUAUUUUAUUGUUUAGAUCUCGUAUGUUUGCCAAAUUUGCGACGAACAGCCGAUGGAACAAGAUUGUUGAUGUCCAACCACCAACGCCUCAGACCAAAAUGGUCAGCUUCAGCGUUCAGACAUCGCCAAUUCAGGAAAGAGAUCGUCGACGGCCCAAUCGGGUCGAUUUUGGAGUUGGACUAGGUAAAAGUUGUUAUUUUUUACUCAAUUUUUUAAUUUUGAGGUAUAUAUAAGAUGAGAGUUUUAAUGUAAAUUACAAUUUUGUUUUGAUUUUUUGGACGAUUUUGUGCAAAUAUUUUUGUAAUCGAUGUUGUUUUAGGUUCGAUGGACUCUUUCUCGUCCAACUCCAGGAAAAACGGGCCAGAUUCAUCGACCAAAUCGUUCGACAUCGACUCCCUCUGUUCCUCAGCCUACAAUGAUGUUGUUUUCGGACCCUACACAACCGACUCCAUACCUCAGUUCCCCACAGACACCAAGAACUCCUUAUCCACCCCCGGCUCGCCCAAAACUCCCACCAUCUUGCUGAAUCGGUCGUCGGAUUCGCCGAUGGGAAGCCGCGACGUCCCCAUCAAACUGCCACAUCGUCGCUACUCCACCUCGAACUGCCUCGAGCCGACCGGUCGGUUGGGCGUCGCGGCCCACGCCCAGAUGCCGUUCCGCCGCUGCCCCAGCUGCUACGAGAACUUCAACCGGAAGGAGGCGCCCAACGAGGAACAGACGAUGAAGCGAAUCCGCGAAUUCUGCGGAAUUAUGCCGGCGGACUUUCUGAAGCCGCACACGGAAACAAAUGACGAGCGUCUUAAUCAUCAGUCAAACGUGCCCAAACGUUCCUCGCUCCAUCUGAGUCCCACAUGA